CGAUAUACAUCUAGAAAUGCGAAACUACACGGGUGUGGAAAGGGGAUAGCUUUGGGCGAACGGUGCAGUCAGCCGCAGGGGUUGUGAAAACAUUCUAUGUCACAUCUACAAUUAAACGAUUACGUUUCAAGUUUCAUUCGAAGAAAGAGCGAAAGCGCACACUGAAAAUUAUUAAAAAAUUCAUAUCUGUGGGAUGUGAAGUUUAUUCACGCAGAAAUAGACUUUAUUUCACGCAGAAAGAACUUUAUAUCCCACAAAGAAGUUUUCAAAUAUUUUUUCUCCGUGUGCUUGUCGACAUAUAAUAUAGUGUUUUGCAUUUUGACAUUCUUCGAUCUCUUUGCCGCCUAAUUCUCACCCCACCUAAUCGAACUGAACGGUGUACAAGAUAAAUCCCGCGGUAUAUACAGGGUGUUAGUUAAGUAUGUUGCCAUACUCAACAGAGUGAUUCUUUGGUUUACUUCAAGUAAAAAAGUUCAUAUAAACAUGUGUCCUAAACAGCUUAGUUUCUGAAAUAAAAAAAUUUAAACGUGUAAUAAUAAUCUGUUUUGUUUAGAACAGCUUCCUCUAGUACUGGUGUUCUAACUGUCAUAGGCUUUCCAAGACCAACAGUGUUCCUUACAAAAGAACUCUUUUCUCGAAGAUAGCGGUGAAUAUUCACAAAUGUUUUACAACAUGGUAAAUUGCGUUGGGAAUAUCUUUCUGCAUAAAUACGCCUUGCCUCACGUGAGUUACCAUUUGCAAGACCGUAAGCAAAGUGCAUAUCUGCCAUUUCAAAAUUUGUAAACUUAGGUAUAAUGAAACCAAUUUUGAUGGAUUGAAACAAUUUGGCCCGAAAACGUAUGCUAACCGACCCGCAGCAAUAUAAAAACUGAAGUCUAUUUUUGAUUUUAUGACUUUGACUUUGUUUAUCGUGCGAAUGGUAACUCACGUGAAGCAAGGCAUAUUUAUGCAGGAAGAUAUCUCCAACGCAAUUUACCGUUUCGUCAAACAUUUGUGAACAUUCACCUGUAUUUUGGAAACUAAACCGUUUAGAAUACAUGUUUAUAUGAACUUUUUUACUUGAAAUAAACCAAAGAAUCGCUCUGUUGAGUAUGGAAACUAGUUAACUACUUAACUAACACCCUGUAUAUAUAUAUAGAUCCUGGAUAGACAGACCCUCCCUAGAUAGAUAGCUAUUAUCAAACUCCUUCAGGAUUGUUUACCCCCCGUUCUAUACCGUAUACUGGCAUAUACCGCGCGCGCGAUGUUCCUUUACCGACCACGACGACCUGACCUGUUCCUACGCCCCCGUACGCGGUUUCUUACCCUCUUAUAUCUGGCUUUACCGACGGUUACCCGAAAUACCCUUCCGUAAAUGGUGCAUCGUGGAGAUCUCGGGUUUACCAGCCGGGGGCAAGUCAGGUGGUGCUCGAUCACGACAACCCCGCCGAUGAUAUUCCCGUUGCAACAAGUAGCGCGAAAAUCCGAACGAGGACCACCUCUGUAUCGUGCCUCGUGUCGUAACUCGAAAAGAUCACAUAUCAUAAAAUCGUAAAACAUACAGAAAGUCCACAGGGCUCUCGUGAACUCUCUUUUAUACUCGUUUGAUCAUAGAGAACAAUGUCCACAAUGUGAUGGUAGAUAGUUUCGAUUGAUGAGAGCCUCGAAGCUGUAUAAUAACGUUUGCCGCUAUCAGCUUCAUUCGACGAACACGACUGCCUACCCGCUUGCGCCGACAUAUCAGAAAUUGAUCGCAGCCCUCUGUUAAUUAAAGUUUUACGUUAAAAGAGAAAAGAGAAUGGAUGGGCAGGAUAACUCCGUUAUCGGUGCCGCAGCGAGAUAUCGAUUAAUCGCGAGUGUGUCGGUGUCUGUCGGUAUCCGUCGGUAUUUUAACAGAGAAGGCAAGAGAAAGGGAGGAAGCAAGAGAGAAAGAGAGAGAGAGGAAGGCAGAAAGAGAGAGAGAGAAAGGGCGAAAGACUGAUAGGAGCAGCAAGAUGGCCGUGCGGCCCGGCCGCGAGGUCGUCGUUUUGUUAUGACCCCGAAAUUCGUCCUGGAGAAGCCACGUGCGUCCGCGACAGUACCUCCGCAGUGUCGUGUGAACGCGUGACGUCUCGAUAACGCGUGUACGAUCGCCAAUCCGCCGUACGAUCGUCGUGAACGUUCGCGCGAAGUUCAUCGUCCAUCGGUGGUGAACGCCGUCGAAGGUCGAGGUCGUUGUUCCCGUCCGCAGUGCUGUUCCUGUUCCCCGUGCGCGAGGAAUCAUGGCUCGCGGCAGGUGACAUCGAUGAAAGGUACGGAUGAUGGAGGAGCGGCUGGUGAAGGGUGAAUACUGCCUGAGCACAUCCGGCGUUGGUUCUCCGCCGCAUUCGCUACCGUCGACCUCCGGUACGCAGAAUGACAAGAUCGAGGAUGUUCAUUGUGCCUGCAUCUCGAAGUUAGAGACCCAAGUUGAGGAGCAGAGGCAAUUACGGCUGCAAGACGCCAGGCAAGUAGAGGCGAAAGCAGCGAGGAUAAAGGAAUGGGUCACUAACAAGCUGAGAGAACUGGAACAACAGAACCAACACCUAAGAGAACAGAACAACAAGUGUAACCAGCAGCUCGAGCUGUUGCGUAAUCAUAUAACCAACAUUGGACUUAAACCACCCGCACCGACGAGAGCGUCGCUGUCUCUGGAGGUAGACCCCACUCUACGCAGACGAUCGGAGAGCCUGGAGGGCACGCCGCAGACGGUGCCGGAGUGCGUGCAAAACAUCGUGACAGAGCCGCAAACGGGCACAAAGCACCGGAGGCAUUUGUCCGCUUGCGGUACCAUUCAACGAGGAAUCGCGACCACCAACAUGGACUCGAGUCUGCUGUCCGAGGAACUAGCCGCGGCGGUGGAGAACCUAGUGAUGCUGCCGAACAUACCCGGCGUCUCGGAAGUGAGCAGAGACAGCGGAAGCUCAGAAGCGGUGCACGACUAUGCCGAAAUCUACACGCCCAGCAGAGAGGGCAUGAACUGGCUGCAGGGUGGAAGUCAAGGCCCCCGUCCGCCAACUCCGCCGUUGCACAGAUUUCCCAGCUGGGAGGCGAAAAUAUAUCAGGUGGCUGACGGCGGCCUUGGCAUCGGUCCACCGACAAACGAGGAAUCCGCUCCCUCCACGAUGACCAACACGACAAGUUCAUCAAAGCAUUCCCAGGCGACGGGGCAUAAUAUGACAGCGCAUAACUCGCAAGGCUACUGCGAUAUUUCUGUUCCAGUAUACGCCACUGUCAAAGGACGCGCCAGCCAAAUCAGAUCGAUGCCCUUUGGCGACAGUUCGGACGAUAGCUCGGACGGAGAGGAACACCCUAAUCAAACCGAAACUAACACCAGAAUCACUAACAGUUCGUCCGAUAAUACGGAUUCCUCCCUCGGCAGUGGAAGCAGUCCUUCGAAAAGCAUCAAAACGACCAGCAGUCUCAGUCCCGCGAAGAGAAGUUCUAGCGGCUCCCCCAGUAAAAGCGUAAAACGUGACACUUCUCUCGAGUCAGGCUUGUCCGAGGAUUAUGCAAUACCUCCUGACGCGCUCAGCUCAACGUCUUUAGAAUCUAGCAUGCCUAGUCUACUGAUGCGCGUGUCCGGCGAAAGCCCAAAAAGACAAGAAUCGUUAGAGAAAACUGGCCACCUGGCGAAACUGGGCGGCAAGUUGAAGACCUGGCGGAAGCGGUGGUUUGUUCUGAAGAACGGCGUGCUAACUUACUGGAAGAGUCAGAAUGACGUCAAUCGGAAACCUCAGGGCCAAAUAAUCUUAGACGAAGUGUGUAGGAUUAAUAGAGCCGAAGGUGCCGCUACCUUCGAGAUAGCCACCGGUAAGAAGACUUAUUAUCUGACCGCGGAUUGCAUAGCCACGAUGGAGGAUUGGAUAAGAGUGCUGCAGAACGUACAGAGGCGAAACGCGACGAAACUCUUGCUCAGCAAGGAGGAUAACAAGCCGACGAUACAGGGCUGGCUAACAAAAGUGAAGAACGGCCACGCGAAGAGAUGUUGGUGCGUGCUCAUCGGCAAGAUGUUCCUGUACUUUAAGUGCCCCAGCGACACGAAUCCUAUCGGUCAAAUCAACAUGAGGGACGCUCGUGUGGAGGAGGUGGAACACGUGUCGGACAGCGACAGCGAGGAGAGGGACGCCGAGUGUCCGCACGAGAGAACAAUCGGUAUCAUCCCGACGCAUCAGGGUCCUACGUAUCUACUAAUGCCGCACAAACAGGAUAAAGACAACUGGCUCUACCACCUGACGGUAGUGUCUGGCGGCGGACCGAGCGCGGGAACGCAAUACGAACAGCUGGUACAAAGACUAAUGGAGACCGACGGGGAUCCCACCUGCGUGUUAUGGCGACAUCCUCUACUUUUGCAUACGAAAGAGAAUAUCACGAGCCCACUGACUAGCCUGACCUCCGAGUCCCUGCAAACCGAAGCCAUAAAACUUUUUAAGGCUUGUCAGCUGUUUAUGUCGGUGGCAGUAGAGCAAGCAGGUAUCGACUACCAUGUGGUUUUGGCACAGAACGCACUGCAACAGUGCCUAGACCAGCCUGAACUUCAAUCUGAAUUCAUUUGCGCACUGGUAAAGCAGACAAGUCGUCACACGCAACACCGUUUGGGCGUACAGGUAAAAAAGGCCGCCAGACUUGUGUCACUGGGUACUGCGCGCGUUCAGCUCCUCCUCUGCGCCACGCAAUCGCUCUUCACCUGCGAUACGCAAAGUCCCGCGGCAAAUGGCAGCGGUGAAAAUGCGGACGCGCAAUCAACGGCCUCGACUUCUCACAGUCCUCCGCUCACGCAGGGCCACUCGACCUCCACUAUCCUGGACUGCAAAACUAAUCCCGCGCAGUACGUGCUUAUCCAGGGAUGGCAGCUCUUGGCGCUCGCCGUCUCUCUCUUUCUGCCAAGGAACAAUCGGCUACUGUGGUACCUGAAGCUGCACCUGCAAAGGAACGCCGACAGCAAGACGGAAUGUGGCAAGUACGCGGCUUACUGCGAGAGAGCCUUGGAGAGAACGUUGCAGAACGGCAGUAGAGAAGUGAAACCGUCGAGGAUGGAAGUGCUGUCCAUACUGAUGAAGAAUCCGUACCACCAUUCUCUGCCGCAUGCCAUACCGGUGCAUUUUCUCAACGGCAUGUAUCAAGUCGUAAGCUUCGACGGCAGCACCACGAUAGAGGAGUUCUUGAACACCUUGAAUCAAGAAAUCGGUUGCAGAGACGUUCAUCAGUCCGGCUUCACGCUAUUCAGCGACGAUCCAAUUGAGAAGGAUCUGGAACACUUCAUCGAUCUGCAGGCGAAGCUGUGCGAUAUUAUCUCAAAGUGGGAGACCGCGUUACGAGAGAAGGGCUCGGGGAAAUUUGAAAACACCAGAGUGAUACAAUUGACGUACAAGUCACGAUGCUAUUGGCGGCAGGCCGCUAAAAUGGAAACGGACAAGGAGAGGCUCCUCUUGUGUUAUCAAGUCAACCAGCAGGUUGUGCAAGGAAAAUUUCCGUUAAAUCGUGAACUCGCUUUCGAACUGGCGUCGUUAAUGGCACAGAUCGACUUUGGGGAAUACAACAAUGACAAGGCGCGCGGUAGCGGCCCUGGAAGUAAUCCGCAUCAUCUCGUGCUGCAAGCUCUGGAUAAAUUCUAUCCGAUACGUUAUCGGGCCAAUAUCACGGCCGAUCAAUUAAGGGAGUUGCAAGAGAAACUGCAGGAGAAGUGGAUCGCAUUGAAAGGACGUAGUGUACUGGAUUGCGUUCGGAUCUAUCUUACGUGCACCAGAAAGUGGCCUUUCUUCGGAGCUACUCUGUAUCAAGCAAAGCUAAAACAAACCGAUCCUGUCACCGUUUGGAUAGCAGUUUCCGAGGACAGCGUGACAUUGCUCGAAUUGCAGACCAUGGCGGUUAUGUGCCGUUACAAUUACGCGAACAUCGUGACGUUCGGCGGUUGUUUGGACGAUUUUAUGCUCGUUGCUUGCCCGGACGAAGGUGCAGCCGAACAGAAACUGCUAUUCGCACUUUCGAAACCCAAAAUCUUGGAAAUAACACUAUUAAUCGCAGACUACAUGAACGCGCUGGGCCAUACUUUACCGGGCACACCUCAAAUGAACACUCUAACGCGCAACGGAUCGCACCGUUCCAUUAAAUCCACCCUGAGACCUGCGACUGGUUCAAGCUGUCUUCCAACUCAACCCGACAUUUUGAAAUCGACACCGGAUCACCAAAGACCUUAAGUAGAAAGGCUGGCUCACAUUAGUCCUCGAGAAGACGACGGCAAAUGUAUCUCUUGAAUUCGCGCAAAGGUCUGACUGUGACGAGUAUCUUCUCUUCUCGUCUGUAUUAUAGAAAAAGAGCAGCGUAAAAGUGCAGUAUUAGUAUCGUACACCGCGACGCCAUCGUUUCUUUUUCGGUGUAAAAAGGAGCGCAAUCGCGUGCGUUCGACUCAUAUUCACGUUUUGUCGUAUAUGCAUGUAAAUUAGUAUCGACGCUUGUAAAACCAUAUCCGUGUAAAUAUUUAACGAGAGGAGCGAGCUAACCGCGAAAAAAGAAUCGUGCAAAGCAAGAAAUCCGGUGGUUUGAAAAGUAGUGACUGAGAUGAAUCGAGAAUCGAUCUGUUAACACUGCCUAAUUAGUGUGUGCGCGAUUAACACAUCGAAUAGUUUCAUCACGCGGCUAAGUAUCACGCUGACUUUUGCUACCGUAUUUAUAUACUAAAUUUAAAAAAGAAAAAGAAAAAAAUAACGAAAAGAAAGGCGGAUAAGAUAUUGCGUAAGAGUGAUGUAUUCACGUACCGUGUAUAUAUUAACCAGAGUUAUUAAGUGUUUAGGAGUUAUAUAAAAAAAAAAGCGACACAGCGAUAUGUUCCUCCCCGACUUCACCGAGUAAAAUUGUUGCGACCUAUGUGUAUCGGCGAAGAAGGUUUACUUAGCAGCCAGAAAACGCAUAUGUGAGUGCCAUCGCUGUCAUGCAACGUGUAACGCGAUUUUCUCCUUUUCAAUUUCGUUCAACAUCCUUUAUUACGUUGCUGCUUCCAGCGGUAUAUUGAUUUUAAUGAAAUUCGUGGUAAAAGUUAAAUUUCAUUACAAUUGAGUUCAAAUUGAGGAGAUCUAAGUUUGAUCGAGAUUAGAUUGAAAUUAAAAAUGGAAUUCAAUCUGUAAUCAAGUGCAAACUAAUUUAAUUAAAUCUAAUUAAAUUUAAAUGCAAUUGAAAUUAUAUGAAUCCGGACAAAAAAUUUGAAGAUUAAAUGAAAUUAAUUCGAAUUAAAAAUUCAAAUCUGACCUCGAUACAUAUGGGCGAGAAAAGGGGACAGGGUUUUAUUUGAACCAGUCAAAUCACGAGAUGGCAAAUGAAUCUUGUAAACGGAACCAUUUUACAUUCCGUUUACCCGCAGAGAGAGAGACUGAUUACUUUCUUCUCAUCUUAUUCUCGAACGUCUGUUUCUUUACUUCUUACACGUGAGGCUACUCGCGAGAAUAUCGAUUAACUAACAAACAAAUAUCCGAUUAUAUUAACUUGGAUAACAGCUAGUCUCGAUAUUUAUUAUUAAGGUACAAGUGAUUGCGUUUCUUUUGUUUUUGUACAAGGACACGAUGAAAUAGAUUGUAAUAAUGGGAACGUAAUUUAUUAUUUAACAAUUAGAGCAUCGCGUUCCUGUGUGCGUAAUACUCUGUGUGCAACAUUGUGUAUUAAAAGUACGCGACGUAAGCGGUUUAUAGCGUUGUUUAUUGUAAGGGAAGUUUUGUACUCGUUCGACGUAUCCUACGUAACUAGCAAACGUCUUCCUUCUAGCGAUUACGAAACGAGCGGGACUAAAGAAAGAAAAGAAAAAUAAAGCAGGGCUUUCGUGCAAUACGUACAAGACUUUGGGAUGGUUUUGUAAUUUCGCGACUACGAUUGCGUCUGUAUCCUUCGAAAGAGAGCGAGUGAAACUACAACCUCGAACGGGAAAAUCAAAAACUCGAAGAACUUACAAAGGACAUCCAAAAGUUCCCAUCCUCGAGGAUCUUUCGAGAACGUCUUCAUUGUGUUCGCCAAAGGUCUGUUGUCUGAGAACGGACGGACUAAACGCGUAUACCCGGCUUCAUUUAGUGCAUCUUCGAACGUUUGUACGAAUAAUUCGAACCUCAGACUACUGAGUGCAGUACAAAGAUUAUGCAAGAACGACAUUUUGUCCCUAAUUUUUUAUAACAUACGCGGUAUAUCGAGUGCUAUUGCGCGGGUGACUAGCACCUUCUCCUCUCCCCUCCCCUCCCCCUGUAUAUCACGAGUCUCGGGCGCGUAUGUAGUGGAAGAGAUCGUACGUAUACGUACAUACUCAUUCGUGUAAAUAUUCAUAUAAAAGACGGACGUUUGUGUUUCUGAAAAGUAGUAGAAUCAAAAUAGGCAGCUAGUAAUUUAUAUCGAUCGAGCUCUAUCCGGAUCGCAUUCUAUCGAGCCUAUCUCUCAUCUUACAUUUAUAUUUAUUAUUUAUUCAUAUGAGAAAAAUGAGGUACGAGCGAGACCGACAAGUGAAAAACGUUGUGUACUAUUGUACAGAAGAACAAAUAAACUGCACAUUAAUACAUAACGUA